GUCAAUCCCCUCCGUCAAGAAACACACCCACACCAACAGCAAAAUAUCAGAGACUGCGAAGCUCUAGCAAUACUACUAGUGGCCGUAGAGAGAGCGAUUGGAAAACUAGCAAUGGUGAAAGUUGCUGCUGCUCAAGUUGGGGUGACAAGUAGUAGAGCUUCAGCGCAAACUUCAAAGAGAAGAUCAAGGCAUAUCAGGAUUUCUAUUGAAUUUAGAAGCAAUGUUACUAACCACCGCCGCCGCCGCCGCCAAGACGUUAUAAUUAGGUCUGAAAAUCCAGUUCCAUGUAAACCGGAUGCUAAUUCCGGUGACCGGACGGUGACUGAAGAGAGAUGUUCAACUUCAAGCCCUAACUUGGAAGACGACGACGACGACGACGACGCAUUAAUGUCUGCUUCUUGUUGUUCCAGUAAUGGAUCGUGUGAUGAUGAGAGGAUUAAAUUCACAGAUCUGGAGGAAGGGAGUGUUGAAGUUGAAACGUCAAUGUAUUAUAGUAGUAGAAGUGGAGAAAGAGAGACAACACCGACUUCUAGCGAUCUUGGAGAGGAGUCGACCUCAGAGAACAUGGAUUCAACGGCAAACCCACCAUUGAAGAAGCCGAAUCCUCAUCAAAGAUCAACGCCCACGGCGGGGCUGAUAAGGAUAGCAGAUGAAGAGAUUGAAAAGUUCUUCGGCGAAAUACAGAAAAACAUUCCACAAUGCUUCAAAGACAAGUAUAACUUUGAUUUUGACAAAGAUGAGCCGUUGGAAGGACGUUAUGAAUGGGCUAGAUUAAAUCCAUGAAGAAAAAAAGAAGAAAUUAACAAUGGCGUUUGUUUAGGUCAUGAUCAUAAAUAAUAUGAUCCCCUACUCUGGAUUUAUUAAAUUUACAAUUACUAAUUUAGAACUACUCCACUCCUCAGUUAGGAAGAUUUUUUUUAUAAAAAAACUCCAUCUUUGUUGUUCUAUGUACAGUCUCUUCUCUAUGUUUAUUAGAAGCUCAGUUUCAUCUGUCUUUGUACUAUACGGUACUGGUAGUAGUGAUCAUAACAAGGAGAAGCUUCUUUCCUGUUUUUCUUCUGCUGCAAGGAAAAAAAGAAGAAAAUUUGCAGGGUUUGAUAGAAGAGACCCACCUGGGGAGGAGCACAGAGUGUAAAUAAUCAAGCUGAUUGUAUUAGAUUCUUAUUAUUUCUGGGCAACUAUCUAUCCACUUCCUGGGAAGUCUGAUACUUUCUUCUCUUUGUGGUACCGCAAAAUUUUCAGCUUUUUCAGCAAGGAAUUGAAAAAAAGGAUUUCUUUCUUUGUCGUUA